AUGCAUCGUAUUAAAGCUGACCCUCGCCAGCCAGAGAUAUUUCUAAAUUAUACCGCCAUCGAACUCUGGAACCUCCGGCCUCGUCUUCUGGCUAUCCCUCACAGCACAAAGGCGUCAGGCUGGGCAGAUCACCAGCUGGAGGAUUAUAAAAUUGUCGGCUUCAUCGAGGGGAAAGGAAGGUGUUACUUGGUGGUUCCAGGGUGCGGCAUUCAUCCAGUCACGUUCGUAUAUCCUCUCCCCAGUGCUGCGGCGGAUCGCUCAGAACCGAUGGCACGGCUAAUUAAGUGGGCGAGUCUGCGUCCUGGGCCUCCGGUCGGCGUGACGGGGCCCACUCGGCUCUGGGCGCGAGGAUCCGCCUACGCAGGUGGCGCGGGUGCUCCGCGGAUCGAUGUACCAAGCUCAUCGAAGAGCAUCCGGAAGCAGAUCGCGUUCGAUUCUCGUUGCCGAGGCGAGGAUUAUCCACCCGGCGGUCGACGACAUCCUACGCGUGCCACGCCACCGGAUGCAUCUCAGCAGCAGCGCAUCCUGCACCAGGUCGGUGCCCAAAACACCGACUGCCCGCUUGAGUCAAAACCGGGCGCUUUUUCGCUGUCGAUAACGAUCCCCGCUCAUACGGGCGCCAGAGCAAAAGAAUAG